ACCUCGCUAUCCUUUUGAUUCGCGUAUCGAUCUCUGCAUGUAAGGACGGCUGGAAAAUGCACAAUUUCUUUCAUUCCAUUAUUUAAUUCAUUCAUUUAUUUUUUUCCACCGCCAUUUUCGUCAACUACAGCCAACGGCCACGGCUACGAUAUGACUAGCUCCAUGACCAAGAGAUUGGCCCGUUUGAAUAUGGUCCUUGCAAACACCACCGCUACCGACUCGGCUGGGGAUCAGGUACCUUUUGCUGAAUCACGAAUGCAGUUUCCAGAAUUCCAAGGAAACAUGGAACACCACAAGCUGUUGCGUAAAUGCGAAGGAUGCAAGAACACAUUUCCUGCCUUCGAGAUACCUGUCAUCAGUGUCGGCGACAUUUCUCUACCUCACUACAUCUGUCACAGCUGCAGCCUCCUGACUCCGGCUCAACGAACCCACGAGAAAGCGCCGUACUGGAGCGCCAUCCUCAAGUACUGGCGACCGGAGGUCGACCCUCGCGCGCCCGCCUUCGCGGUGCUGGAGCAGAACUCCAUCUCGCUGCUCUGCUGCCUGCACGAGCUCGCCAAGUACUACACGUGGAACGAUGUGACGAUCAUGGUCAACAGCGUGGUGAUGGAGCGCCUGCGCCACGGCCCCAAGAAGUUCCGCCGCUACGCCGUCGAGUCCGACUUCUUCGACGUCUACGCGGCCUGCAAGAACAUGCAGUUCUACAAUACCAUUCCCGAGGAGCUGCAGGCGAGCGAGCUGAAGCGCACGAAGCUGAUCCUGUGCCCCUUCGGCCUCGUCAUUCCUGAGCCCGGAACCGAGGACGACGAGGGCGCUUCAAGCGCUUGUGCUCAGGGCUGGAUGUGCCCGAACAUUCUCCCGCCGAGAGACCGUAUUAUCUUCACUUAUGCUUAUCGCAACCGCCAUGGCUGCGAGAUCCGAACUGCUAAGGUUGAUGGUUUGAACAAGAUUUAGGGGAAAGAAGGGGGGUCUGAUUAGGGCUGCUCAUAGGGAUUAGGGGAGGGUGUUAUGAAGCUACUGUUUCCUAAUUGUGGUGGUCUAGAUACCCC